AUGCUUUUACAGUGGAAAACACAGUAGAACUUUACAGCUGAAUAAAGAACAAGAAUGUUUUCAGUGGAGAGGUUCAGAGAUGUCAACGAGACUGCUGCAGCUGAGGAAAUAUGUGACGAUGCUACAAGAGCUGCCGUCGAGUGCAAGGCAGAGAUCGACCGUCGGAGCAGAAUGCUGGAUAUCGUCUGGAACCCUUACAUCCUGUUACACAGAAUAGACGCCCCACAGCAACAUGUGUGUAAGGAGGAGGAGACUGUGGCUGAGCAGAAGCUUUGUCACCAGGAGAGGGAGUCCAGUCUGGCCCAGGAGGAGCCAGAGCCUCCACAGUUUAAAGGGGAGCAAGAGGGAGAGCAGUUCAUAAAGGAGGAGACUGACACGUGGAUGUUGACUCCUACGAAGGAUGAAAGUGAGCACAGAGAAGCAGAUGGACAACAUGAACUCCAGCUCCUUUGUCACAACUCUCAUGUUGCUGAGAAUCAAGAUCCCACGGAGAAAAAGCAGAAAGACUCAGAAAUAACUGGAAAAUCAAAAACAAGACAAGAGAGAGACAGAAAACACACAGGUGAGAGUCGUCACUCUUGUAACACCUGUGGAGAAGGAUUCUUGUCUACGUCGCAUUUGAAAAGCCAUAUGAAGACUCACACAGAUGAGAAGCCUUUCACCUGCGGCACCUGUGGAAAAAGAUUCAGCCGUAAAUCAUAUCUGAAUGAUCACAUUCUAACUCACACAGGUACAAAGCCGUACACCUGUGAUACCUGUGGGAAGUCAUUCACCACAAAAUUUAUUUUGAAUAUGCAUUUAAACACCCAUACAGAUGAAAAACCACAUACCUGCACAAUGUGCAACAGAUCUUUCAGACGAAAAUUUACCUUGACAAUCCACAUAAGAACACACACAGGUGAGAAGCCUUUCACCUGCGGCACCUGUGGAAAAAGUUUCAUCACACUUUCAAAUUUGAAUCAUCACAUUCUUACUCACACAGGUAUAAAGCCAUACACCUGUGGUACCUGUGGGAAUUCAUUCGCCACAAAAGGAAAUUUGGAUAGUCACUUAAACACCCAUACAGAUGAAAAACCACAUACCUGCACAGAAUGUAACAAAUCUUUUAGACGAAAAGGUACCUUGACAGCCCAUAUGAGAACACACACAGAUCAGAAGCCUUUCUCCUGCAGCACCUGUGGAAAAAGAUUCAGGCAUAAAUCAGAUUUGAAUCAUCACAUUCUUACUCACACAGGUACAAAGCCGUACACCUGUGGUACCUGUGGGAAUUCAUUCGCCACGAAAGGUAGUUUGGAUAGUCACUUCAACAUCCAUAAAGUUGAAAAACCACAUACCUGCACAGAAUGCAGCAAAUCUUUCAGACGAAAAUUUACCUUGACAAUCCACAUGAGAACACACACAGGUGAGAAGCCGUUCUCCUGCAGCACCUGUGGAAAAAGAUACAGGGAUAAAACUAAUUUGAAUAUUCACAUUCUUACUCACACAGGUACAAAGCCGUACACCUGUGGUACCUGUGGGAAUUCAUUCACCAAGAAAUCUACUUUGGAUACUCACUUAAAAAUCCAUACAGGUGAAAAACUACAUACCUGCACAAUGUGCAACAAAUCUUUCAGACAAAAAGAUAAAUUGACAAUUCACAUGAGAUCACAUACAGGUGAGAAGCCUUUCUCCUGCAGCACCUGUGGAAAAAGAUUCAGGUAUAAAUCAAAUUUGAAUGAUCACAUUCUUACUCACAUGGAUACAAAGCGGUACACUUGUGGUACCUGUGGGAAAUCAUUUGCUGACAAACGUACUUUGGAUAGUCAUUUUAAGAUCCAUACAGACAAUAAUGCUUAAACCUCCUAAACAUGUGGCAGGUCUCUCAGAACUGGUGCUGACUUGUGUUUAUGCGGUCACGUAAUGACAGGGUGUUUGUCGAAGGAAACUCCUGGAGAUGAGCUGAUCGUGAGGCUUUAAGGUCUGAUGGACGGUGUUUUUCGGAGGGUAGGCCAGUGUUUUUUUUUUUUUUUUAAUUGUACUACAGAAACCUCCAUUCUUAACGACACGGAGACGGCGCAGGUCCUUACAAAUAAAAUGAAGUAUUGACUGGAUUAUGUUUACAAUAUUUUAUCUAUGCAAUAAUGAAAUAAUAAUACAGGGGUCAGCAUCACAGAAUCUCUCUCUCUUUUAAGUUCUACUCAGGCAGGAUGACGUGAGUAUGGAACAGCCUGCAAAUGGCUGACGGACCCAAAUAUGGCGGUUAGCAUUCGGGCUAGCGGUUAUAAAUGAUAGUAAUUCGAUUAAAGUGGAUAAAAAGACGUUCUAUCUUGGGUUAACUGGUGUGGAUUUAAUCAUUAAAGUCCCCAGAAGUCACACAUUAUGUUAACAGAUUACUGCCAUUAAAAAUUGCAUCACAUCCUGAGAAAAGAAGCCCAGUUCAGACCAAAGAUUCAAGACAUAACCAGACAGAACAGCUCCAGUCAGUCCAGCUGAUGGUGUUGUCAGUUUCACUUCAUCUCGUUGUAAAUCUUUGGUCUGAUCUGGGAUUUAGUGUACGUUUGCAUUACUGCAGAUUUAAAUGUUUUUGUGACUUGAUACACACGACAGAAUGUUCAAGUGAGGUCAUUUAUGCACAGCCUGUUCUCUGCAGUUUAAUUAAAAUAAUAACCUUAACAGUUCUGCAUUUCAAUAACAUGACAGCAAACUUGGAUGAGAGGUUUACAGUAUUAAACAGCUACUGAAUGGAAAAAGAACAACACACGCUUUUGAACUUUUGAUUCAUGUUGAUGUUUUUCUUGUCGUUUUGUUCAUUAACAGAUAUUUCCACACAGUAAAUGUUCUGCCUGAAAUCUCACUAGUUAAAUCAGCUAGCUGCUCAUGCACAUUAGCACAGGUGUAUGGCUGGUACACAGCUAUGGGCUGACAAGCUGGAAAGAAACAGAAACUGUGCAUACGCUUUGAGGAUUUGCAUUUUUAAUCACAGUGAAAAUGAAAAACAUGUAUUUUUACCCUUUUGUAUGUUAUCAAAAAUAGCCUGACUACUUGAAUUUCAGAACAAGUGUUUUAACUACAUGUUGUAACAAUAAAGUACUGUAAUGGCUUCA